AUGACCACUUCACGGUGCAUUCCGCUCUUCGGCCUGCUCUGCAUCGUGCUAUGCUUCGCCAGUGCUCACGCACAGGCGAAGCCCACGAAGGCGCAAAUCAAAGCGGAGCUGCAGAACAUGGCGAACACCAUCACCAAGAAGUACCCGCAAUACGCGAAAUACGCCAAGGACAUCAACAAGUACAUCGGCCUAGCAUUGAACUCGAAGUACGAUUUCACAGCUCUCAGUGACGCAACCCUCCUACUUCCCAGCGACACGGAGGCCCUCGCUAAGAAGGUCCCCGCUAACAGCGCCAUCAUCCCUAAAAUCUACAACAUCACCGCGUACCACAUCAUCCGCAAGAAGUACACCGUUCCCGCGCUCAAGGUGCUCAAGAAAUCGCAGCCACUGGGAACGCAGCUGAAGCAGGCGAUGUACAAGGUUUCGGUGCAGAAUGGUAACACCAUUUCCUUCGCCAAGACUCCCAACGCCCCCCCUGCCGCGUGGACGACGAUCCAGAUUGUGAGGCUAUACGCUGGACCGUACUUCAUUGCCCACGGCGUGAAUAAAGUCCUGAUUCCCACCUACACAAAGGUGUAA